AUGAAUCGAGAGGCGUUUCCAGAUGAGCAACAUGAACUCGAUCUCAUCAAUAAGAAUAAAAUGGAGAUUCUUCUAUCUUUCGGGCCUCACUACUGGAAAACCGGCUUCGGCCACUAUUUUGAAAACGACGCGAGAUCAGUGCGAGAAUCCCACAACGAAAGAGCCAUCCGCCGGAUUCUGAAUGCGAUGGAAGCUGGCUUCAUUCACUUCAAUAUGAAAUUCGAGGUCCACGGAGCUGGUCAAAAUUUUGAAGUAACAGAAGGUGAAUGGACGCUCACGCAUUUCAAAAGCUGGACAGGGGAUAAAUGGGACAAGACUUGGAAGCUGAAAAUUACUAAAAAUGGGGAGGGAGUUAGAUUCAAAGCGCAUGCGAAUGACAUCAACCACAGUAAUGGAAAAGUCGACAAAUCGGAGCACAACUUGCGAUCGGAAAAUGGUGUUGUUGAAUUUAAACGAUAUGGGAAUUUACAUGUUCGAUGGAAUAUUACUCUUGAAAAAUGA